UUGAAUUUGUAUCCAUGCUCUAAAUGGCUUACACCUUACUCCGGUCCAGUUCUCCUCAUCCUUUAUUUGUUCUAGGUUUUUUGUGUAAUUAUUAUUAAUUAAUCAAUAGCUAACAAAUUUAAUAUACCACCAAAUAGUGAUCACACGCCAUCCUCUGAUCAACCAUGGCCGCCGCAGCAACCUCAACGGAAUCAGCCGUCUCUCCGGAUUACAAUCUCGUGCAACAACUUAUUCACACCCACCAGGAAAAGGCUGUUAAGCUUCCAGCUAUCGAGCAGGUAAAGACACUUGUCGUCCAUCACUCCUCAACUGCCUUCCUCUCAACUUUCUCUCAGAAGCACCAAGAUUAUCCAUCUGUCUCAAUGCUCGAUUUUGCUUGUGAUUCUUAUGGCUCUCCCAUUUUAGCCCUUUCCAAUCUAUCUCUUCACACAAAGGAUCUCUUAGCUAAUCCCAAAUGCUCGUUGCUAAUUGCAAAAGAUGCAGAGGACCGGACUGACCUCAUUGUUACACUUUAUGGAGAUGCCCUCCCUGUUGCUGAUAGUGAGCUGGAUUCUGUACGGAGUGCGUAUUUGACUAGUCAUCCCAAUGCAUUUUGGGUGGACUUUGGUGACUUCCUAUUUCUACGAAUUGAACCUUGGAUUGUACGAUAUGUGUCUGGUGUUGCAACAGAUUUGUUUCAAUCUGGAGAAUUCAGCGGUGAGGAGUUUAGGACAGCAAAAGUAGAUCCUCUAUAUCAAUUCUCUGAGCCAAUAGCGUCUCACAUGAACAAAGAUCAUGCACAAGAUACGAAAUUGAUCGUGCAACACUCUACAUCUGUCCCGGUGGACUAUGCGUACAUGUUGGACGUGGACACUCUUGGUUUUAACGUGAAGGCUGGGUAUGAUGGGAAUAAUUUCAAGCUUCGAAUUCCAUUUCCCAAACGGGCCGUGGAGAGAAAGGACGUGAAGGCACUUAUAAUAGAAAUGCUUCAAGCAGCCGAAGCAGAAGCCAGUUGGUAG